GUAGAUUUCUAGUAGGUUUCCUGCAGAUUUUUAAGUGUUGCAAUGGAACCGAGCUGGAGUUCGUUUUUAUUUCAGCAGGCCAACGAGGCCCUGCACCACCACCACCACCACCAGGUGUCCGGCAACAGCCUGCUGCCGCUGCUCAACUCCACGUCGGAGCCGGUGGACGUCAAGCCGGUGCUGCCGCUGCUGGACCAGAAGCCGCCCGUGGUCAGCGCCGCAGACCUGCUCAAGGACAACGUGGCCAGCGGCACGGGUGGAGGGGGAGGAGCGGGUGAAGGUGGGGGAGGAGGGGGGCACCACAACCCCCCUGCGGCGCCCGUGGUGGUGAAGAAGGAGCCCAAGUCCAAGACGCCGUUCGUCUGCAGCUACUGCAACAAGGCCUUCCGCGACAGCUACCACCUGCGGCGACACGAGUCGUGCCACACGGGCAUCAAGAUGGUGUCUCGGCCCAAGAAGAACCCCGCCUCUUCCGCUUCCUCCGCCCCGCCCACCAUGGUGCCCCUGGUCUCCGCGGUGACGCGGCACAACGAAAGCAACAGCCCCUACGUCUCCUCCACCAUCGCCGGGAUGCUGAACACCUCGGCGACCGGCUCCCCGUCCCCCAUGGGCCACCAGCAGCAUCCGCAUCAGCAGCAGCAACAGCACCAUCACCAGCAGCAUCAGCACCAGCAGCACCAGCAGCAUCCACACACACAGAACCCCCAGCAGCAGCAGCAGCAGCAACAGCAACAGCAGCAGCAGCAGCCCAAGAAGACCCCCAAGCCGGUCAAGAAGAACCACGGCUGCGACAUGUGCGGCAAGGCCUUCCGCGACGUCUACCACCUCAACCGCCACAAGCUCUCGCACUCGGACGAGAAGCCCUUCGAGUGCCCCAUCUGCCAGCAGCGCUUCAAGCGCAAGGACCGCAUGACCUACCACGUGCGCUCGCACGACGGCGGCGUCCACAAACCCUACAUCUGCUCCGUGUGCGGCAAGGGCUUCUCCAGCAAGGACCGCAUGACGUACCACGUGCGCUCGCACGACGGCGGCGUGCACAAGCCCUACAUCUGCUCCGUGUGUGGAAAGGGCUUCUCCAGGCCGGAUCAUCUCAGCUGUCACGUGAAGCACGUCCAUUCCACAGAACGACCUUUCAAAUGCCAAGUAACAGCCUGCACGUCUGCGUUUGCCACCAAAGACCGCCUGCGCUCGCACAUGAUCCGGCACGAGGGCAAGGUGACGUGCAAUAUCUGUGGCAAGAUGCUGAGCGCGGCCUACAUCACCAGCCACCUGAAGACGCACGGCCAGCAGACCGCCGGCACCGCCCCCGGCGCCGUCACCACCCCCUUCAACAGCGCCGCCUGCAACAAAGGAGUUGCUACCCCCACAGAUACUGAACCCCCCAAAAAGGACAGGGACAGCCCACCAACAACCGUUGUGGGCCCGUUCCCCAAAUUCGGUCGAGGGAACGGUGAAAAUUACUUUCUCCCAGACCGCGAAGAUCAGCUGCUAUACCCUCGCUGGGACCACCCCUUAAGAUUCCACAGCCUGCUAUUGGCAGACUCUAACGACGUCUGCAGCUCCGGCGCCGCCACACCCGUCUCCACGUCCUCCUCCGCGUCCAUCACCACGGCGAUGAGUAUCCGUGGCAACAACGGCAACAACAGCAGCAACAACCCCUCGCCGGCGGUCACCAUUGCGGCGCAGAUGAACCUGGGCGGCAACGCGGUGAACCUCAACUCCCCCAUCGGCCUGCAGCACCCGGCGGUGGCCAUCGCGGGCCACGUCACCAACCUCAACAUCCCCGCCAGCGUGAGCGGGCCCAUGUCCAUGAACCUGGCGCACCCGGUGGCCAUCACCACGCCCAUGCCCAUGAACAUCGCCGGGCCCCUCAACAUCGCUAUGAGGCCCAUGGAGAGCAUGGGGCCCUUCCUGUCCCAGGUGCUGCCUUCCUCGCCGCCCUGGUAGAGGACCAGCCCAGAACCACCUCCGGGUACCUCAUCACGGCGCCACCAGGCUGUACAAACACCAGGCCAAGCAAUGCCAUGCUCUCCUCCUCCUCCUCCUCCUCUUCAUCAUCUUCAUCCUUCUCCUCAGGUGUUGCCCUCCUCGCCACCCUGGUAGGCCAAGUACCACCCCUGAGUAUCUCAUCGUGAUGCCACCAGGCUGUACCACCAGGCCAAGAAAUGCUCCGCCUUUUCUAUCUCAUCUCCUCUCCACAGACCAACCGGCAUCUCUGUGAAGAACGACCCCCUGUGUACCGGAAGGUACCAUACCAAGCCCCACCAUGCUAUAUGCCACAAUCUCCUCUUUUCCAUCACUGUCCUCCAUGCCUGUGUCUAUGUCAGAUCUACAAUCUACUACGUAGUUCUGUGAUGGGCAACCUGCAACCCCGCCUCACCACUCCCCUACCUCUCCAAACCACGAUACUAUGGACUGUCCACCACCAGCGCCGCCUCCACCCCCCCUGCUCUCCUCCUCUACCCACUGUGAUGAAGUCCAGUCCUGGCACCUGGGUAUGCGCUCUGAUGGCCAUACCUCCCUGAACUGCCUCCUGUGGAUCUGCAGAGAUGAGGUCUGUUUUACGGGUGUCUGUUUUGGUACAACUGUGAGUGCUGUGGUGGGGGGGUUGGAGAGCUCUCUACUACACCUGUUGUCACCAACGACCCCCCCACCGCUAUCCCCACCCCCAUACACACAUCUCACCUCAUCCCUCCCCUCCUCCACCCGACUGUCUCCAACCCCCACCUCUUUUAAGGAGAGACCUCGACUGGCAAUGCUAGCCACGUACAUGACACCUGCUAUCGCAGGUAUGCGGGACAAAGUGAAACAAACAAAUAAACCGAUGUAGCAGAAAUGAAAGGAUAACGGGCAUGGAUGAAAAACAAAAAGUCAUGUGUUUAAGCUGUGGAAGAUGGCUGUAAGUACUCUGAAGAAAGCUAGUUUCAGUUUCCCUCUGCAACCUCUUAUACUGACGCUGGCUGCUUCCUCAGCACACCUACUGUAACGUAGAUCAGUUUGCCCACGCGCACCACCUGGCCCUUGCUCCUCCGAGCUCACCUGGUCCUGAAGGAACAUCCGGCCGCGGCUGAAUAGUCAUGACACAAUGACGUGAAACAUCAAGACAAAAGCGCCCUGCGGUACAUCAUGUCUUCUCCUCAACAGUUUUCCUUGAACUGGACAUGAAGCGAUGAGGAGUAGUGACGAGGGCAAGGAGAGAUGUUGAAGAGAAGACAUGAAGUGAAACUCUACUGAGAGACUGACGUUGUCCAGAUAGUUACCAGACGUCCUCUGCGUCGACACUGUGCGUAGCCUUUGCUUUUAGUAUACAUGCGAAAGUUGAAGUAGGUAAAUAAAUGGGCCGUGAACUGGCCAGGGGAACGUUUCUCGACAGCACUGUUGUUCCUAACUACGUCAGCAACUUUCUCGCAAUGCAGUUCUACAUUAGCAACCUAGUAAGUUGCUACUUGGUUAGCAACAACGCUUUCGAGGAACAGUGUCCUGGUCCUGGCGGCACAGCCUGUGACGCUACACUGCUAAAGUCAGUCUUGGCUGCACCUUUGCCAGAAUUAUCAGGCACAAGGGAAAAACAAACAGACUUUUGGCCAUCAAAGGCACUAGUGCUCUGAGUGACUGUAGCUCUCUCUGUUGACUCCGGCCCAGAGAACAACAUUAUUGAUUUUUCAGUCAUGAAAUAGUUCUGGAUGAAACCAUCGCAAGGCAGCAAGACUAUUCAGCCGUGGACAUGGAGUAGCCUGCGUAGUCUGCAUCCAGCUCUGAUGCAUCCUGGGUAGUCGGUAUACAGUUGUGGGGGAUAGCUGCAUAGUCUGCAACCAGAUGGCUACACAGUCUGCAACCAGAGGAACCACAGCUGCUCCUGACUGGCAAUAGCCCAGUGUAGGAAGAGGAAUGAAGUCAACUUAUUUUUUUGAAACACAGAUGAAAACUAGUGAAUGAGCUGCAUUUUUUGGUGUUGCGUCAGUGUUCUUUUUGGAAUUUCUUUUCCCUUUUUUUUUUUUUUACAAAACCAAACUGCUCUUGAAUCGAAUGGGUAGAUUUGUUUUGGUGUUUAUUUGUUAUUUUAUUUUAUUAUUAUGUAGGUUCCUAAUCAGUAUUUAAUAGCUUAAGGCAUUUUAUACAUAGUAAAAACACACAAAAAAGGGACAUGAUGCUUUCGUCUGUGGAAGCCUUUUCUUGUUUUGGGAGAAUGCUUUGUAGUAGUUAGUAUGAGUUUGGGGUGGGCUGGGGACAUUGGACAUUUGAAGCGGAACUCAAAGUGACUUUGGACUCGUCUGGCCUUUGACUGUGAAAGAGUUGUCAAACUAUAUCCAGUCCACAUACCUCCGCUUGUAGCUUUUACAAGAUAAAAGAAAAACAAACAAACAAACAAAAAAAGGACAUACGCGUAAAGGCGUAAUACUUCUGGAAGGAAUUGUUUCCAGACCUGAGCAUAGGAUGACUUGUACUGUAGACUUUAUUUCCCUUUUAUUUUAUCUGUGUUCUGUUGUUUUGUUGUUGUUUGAGGGGGUUAUUGUAGUAGUUGUUGUUAAAGAUUCACAGUGUCUGGAUGAUGGAUGUGCACUGUUGUCGCUAUCCAGGACCCCGUUUCUCGAAAGCGUUGUUGCUAAUCAGUUUGCAACUUCGUAGGUUGUCUAUGGAAAAUUGCACCGCAAUUGCAUUGCAACCAAGACGCUCUUGCUAAUCAGUCGUCGCUAAACAGUCAGCAAGACCCAGCUUAGUUGCCUGUGGAAAAUGUUAUUGAAACCACAUAAGUGGCUUAGUUAGUUGCCACAUAAGUUGCUGUAGCUAACCAGUUGUAGAUAACCAAUUACGGUUGCAACUUAGUCGGUUGCCUAUGCAAAAUAGCAUUGCAUCCAAGUAAGUUGCUAAUUUAGUUGGCAGAAGUUGCUCACUUUGCUAGCAACGACGCUGUUGAGAAACACACCCCAGGACUUCGACAGGAGUCUGGCAUCGAGCACAUAUCCUGCUGGGGAAACCCUCCAUCCCUCCGACAGAAGGGCAGUAUUAUCAAAGAUCAAGCAGACCUUGAAAGUGUUGAUUUGAAUACUAGCAGAACUACACACUCGAGCAAGAAAAAGAAAAAACACAGCACAGCACCUGACUUACGGCAGUGGUCAGGAUGCCCCCCACCCCCAGUAGCAUCCAUACAAACUGUACUGCAAGACACUAAUACUGAAGAAAGUGUGUGUGCGUCUGCGUGUGUGUGCUUGUAUGUUUUUGUUUUGGGUGUCUGGGGGGGGGUCCCAGUCCCCUAAAAAUGAGCUUCCCCUGAGUUUGAGCCACAUCACUACCACAGUUGUGAGAUGACAGGAACUUGCAUAGAAUGAGUUUCCCCAGAAAACAUUUCACACCCUCCAUGUUUUCUUUCCCAGAGCAAACCAAUAGGAAUGAACCCCCCUCCACCCAUCUUUGGCAUGGAACUCUCUCUCAGGAACCUUACUGAGGAUUGCCCCCAGUGUUCUUAGCCCGUUAUGAAGGAGAUUGGUGCGUGCGUGUGUGUGUGUGCGCACGCGUGUGUGUGUGUGCUCGCGCGCGUGCGUGCGUGCGUGCGUGUGUUUGUGUUUGUUUGUUUGUGUGUGUGUGUGUGUGUGUGUGCACGCUUUUACAUGCAUGUGACCCUGGACCCUGUUGUACAUAGCAAACACACCCGUAUAGUUUUCUAGUCAAUGUUUUGUUUCCUUCUUUUUUCGUUGGUUUGUUUCUGUAAGCCCGAAUGAAAAGAACGUAGUUUGUUUUUCACAGCAUGUCAGGGAUUCAUCUAACCUUUAGGAAUGGCCGUCCACAUAGCGAAAGGGAUCAGGAGCAAAAAAAUAGACAUUGGGAUUGGGAAAAGAGAUCAUGUUUCAUUUUUGGUUUGGAUUUCAAUUGUUUCCCAAACAUUUUUUCCUUCAUACAUUCGUUGAUAUUGCUGCAAGAUUAAGAAUCUCAGUUACUGUUUCCUGUACGUCCUGGACUUGAACUACUGGAACGUCUUUCAUCCCCAAUACCACAAUCUUCACCUUUAACAACCAAUAAGACUGCAGAAACAGCAACUGCUCCCACACCCUUGAUUGGCUGCCUCCUUCCUGCUUGACACUACACUAACUCCUCCAUUGAACUUGACAGUACAGAGCACUUGCAGAGCGCAGCGAAACGUAGUGUGCGCCAGUCUGUGGAAAAUGAUGGACCUUACUCACACACAAUUACACUCUGGGAACGGUUUGAGACGCAGCAGACCUCUAUGGUCACUGUGUACGGUUAUGAAAUAAUGACUUUUUGUUUUUUUUGUUUAAACUGGAAUUUAAAAGAAAACUGACUGAAAAACAUUUAUUUUGAAAGAUAACAAAAAAUAACACUACAGAAAUGGAGAUGGCAUUGGUUGUGUAGGGAGGGUGGUGGGACAUUAUGGCGCCUGUGGUCAGUUGUUUCUUUUUCUCCCCAUAAGGUCCCUUUGCUGUGGGAGGGGCUAGUGUUGUGCCUGGAAUGAAGACCGUAUACAUGUCCCUCUCUUGCUUACAUAGUCGAACAUCCUUUCUCACUCACACAUAUACACACACACACACACACACACACACACACACACACACACACACACACACACACACACACACACGCACACCAAAUGCAUGAAUGCGCACACCCAUGAAAGAGUUAAUGAAACCUCUUUAAAAAAGGAAGCCUUCACCUGCCCUAUUACAGGCAAGACUGCCAAUCUAAUCCACGCCCAUCAUGCAGUUGGAGACUCAUUAUGUGUUUUUGUCCCACCAAAUACCAGAUUAAUUCGAAGCUUUGAUUGUGUCCAAUGACUAAUUUGUGUCUUUAUUUUUGUUGUUUUCACGACAAAGAUAUAUAAGUUGUUCAUAGUGUUAAACUAUCAAGUGAUUUGAUUUUUAUUGCAAAUAAGUAUACAUUUUUUCCCCUGAUGUCCAGGGGGCGUAAAGAUACAGGUCAGAAUCUGAUCUACAUUUUUUCCCUUUUAAAACAAAAGUUAAAUAAGAUGAAUUGGCUUGUCUUGGACCCCCACCAUGUGAAGGCCACUGAAUGUAUAUCUUUGUACAAAAAGCUAUUUAGUUGAGAGGACAUGGUAGUUCAGGUAGAUAAAAGCAAGAGAGAAAAAAAGAUUAAAUAACCUUUUAUAAAAAAUAAAAUGACAAAAAAAACUUUUUGUAUUAGAACAUUAACAGCGGUCCUUUUUGUACAUAUAUGAAGACUAGGAUUUCUGAUUAGCAGGGAGAUAAAAAGAAACAAAAAUAAACAUUCCUACGUUUUGUUUUUUUGUUUUUGUUUUGUUGAGUUUAUUUGUUUGAAAUGAUGUACUUUUAUGGAGCGUUAUGAAUUAGAUGAAAUCACUGCGCAGUGUUUUAAUUAUGCCUUUUAUUCAGGUUUUUUUGUUUUGUUUUGUCUGAAUAAAAGAACAUGAAACACGGCUGGGUUGCCCCGACAGCCUGCCGCUUCCCCUGCCCCCUUGCCCCCCUCAGCCACUCUAGUCCCCCCCUCCCAUCGCCCCACCUUGUCAGAGCCGCUGACGGCUUUGGCCGGGCAUGGGACAAAAGUGAUCUAAAAGCCCCCCCUGCCCAAUACAUGCAAUGUACUGAGGACCCAGUUCUGGGCGCCCUCUCUCCAUGGGCCUGAGACAAGCAACCCCUUUGCCCCCCUUCUCUGUUGGCUUCCCUGCACCCCGUAAGGACAGUGGGGCGUCGCAACUAAGCGCUGCAAUGCUUCCAUGUUGGCGCCACCCCCUACCCCCCUCCUACUCGGUUACUGUCAAGCGCCCCCUGAGCUCCCUGAAGCCCGAAACGCAGCUGGCACAUCGUUUGAUGAUGUUUCCCUUUUCUCUUUUUUUUUUAUUUUUAUUUUUUUAUUAUAUUAUUAUUAUUUUGUUUUGUUUUAUUUCCCAUUUUAUUUUCUCAUUUUGAAAGUAAGUGCCUCUGUGACUGAAAUGCUUCUUAACUGAUUUUUUUUGUUUGGUUUUGUUUUGUUUUUCUUUCUUUUUUGUUGUUCUCUUUGGGGUGUUACUGUGCCAAACCAAGUCUCCUGUGUGUGAUAUGAGAGAGUUGAGAGAUUUCUCUGCGCUUUUCUUUUCCUCCUAUUCGCCCUCCUCCCUCCAUCCCUCCCUCCCUCUCGCCUGCCCUUUACCUUUUUCUUUCUCUCCCUCUCUCUUUAUUUUUCUGCCUCUCUUCUUUGUCUAUUAAAACAUGGAUCUGUCGAUGGUCAUUCUGUGUCUGCUUGUGUUCUGUCUGUAAUGAAGUCUGCAUGAGAAAAGGUCUGAUGUUCUACUACAGCAAAGGAUUACAAUGUACCAGUAUCCUAAAAGGUUCCAAGAAAAAAGAAAGAAAAAGAUAGAACUGAAUGAGAAAAAGGUUUGAUGUCCUACAUCAAAGGAUUGAAAAUGUACC